UUAGGGGAAGCUUCUUAAAUUUUUGAGACGCAAGAGGUGGAGGAAAACAGCUGUAUUAAGAGAUAAAAGCCCUUUUGGAAAAGAAGGGUAUUCUAAUUUAGGUCUAGUUAAGGCCUUGACCAAUCAUUAGCUCUCUUUAGCUUUUUUUUUAAUUUCUUUUUACUCCUACUUGUAAUGACAUGAGAGUUUGAGCACCACUUAUAAAUAGGAGUUGUUUGGGAGAGGCCUCCAAUAGCAUGAGUUUCUUGGAGUGUUUGUAUUCAAGCCCCACUAUUAUAUACAUCUCCCAAGAGAGAGAGGCCCCCUUUUAAAAGUGUGUUAGUCCUAAGUCAAUUCCCAAGAGCUAGCCAUGAACAAGGUUGUUGGGCACAGGGUUGAGUUAUCAGAGAUCGCUACUUCUAACACACAUGGAGAGGAUUCCCCCUACUUUGCUGGGUGGAAAGCUUAUGAUGAAGACCCCUAUGAUCCUGUUAAUAACCCCUCAGGGGUCAUCCAAAUGGGCCUAGCAGAAAACCAAGUUUCAUUUGACCUCCUUGAGGAUUAUUUGGAGCAGCACCCAGAGGCUUCCAACUGGGGAAAUGGAAUCUCCAGCUUCAGGGAAAAUGCCUUGUUCCAGGACUACCAUGGGCUAAAAACUUUUAGAAAGGCAAUGGCAAGUUUUAUGGAGCAAAUAAGAGGAGGAAAGGCUAAAUUCGACCCGGACCGGAUUGUUCUCACGGCAGGCGCAACCGCCGCGAAUGAGCUAUUGACUUUCAUAUUAGCAGAUCCUGGAGAUGCUUUACUGAUUCCGACUCCGUAUUAUCCAGGAUUCGAUAGAGAUUUGAGAUGGAGAACCGGCGUGAACAUCGUUCCAAUCCGAUGCGACAGUUCAAACGGAUUCCAAGUCACUCUCAAAGCCUUAGAAGCCGCUUACGCCAAGGCAGAAGCGGCGGAGAUGAAAGUCAGAGGGGUUCUCCUGACGAACCCGUCGAACCCGCUGGGCACCGCGGUCGCCAGGGCGGUCCUGGAAGACAUACUAGACUUCGCCGCCCGGAAGGACAUCCACUUGAUAUCCGACGAGAUCUACUCGGGCUCGGUCUUCGCCUCUCCGGAGUUCGUCAGCGUGGCGGAGAUCGUCGAGGCGCGGGGCUACCGCAACUGCGAGAGGGUUCACAUUGUCUACAGCCUCUCCAAGGACUUAGGCCUCCCCGGUUUUAGGGUUGGGACGAUCUAUUCAUACAACAAUAGGGUGGUGACCACGGCGAGGAGGAUGUCGAGCUUCACACUCGUGUCGUCGCAGACUCAGAAGACGCUGGCGUCGAUGCUGUCGGACGAGGAGUUCACAAAGUACUACAUAAGGACCAACAGGGAGAGGCUGAAGAGGAGGUACGAGUACAUAAUCCAAGGGCUGGAGAGAGCAGGGAUUGAGUGCUUGCAAGGGAAUGCCGGGCUGUUCUGCUGGAUGAAUCUGGGGCCACUGCUGGAGGAGCAGACGAGAGAAGGGGAGCUCAGGCUGUGGAAACUGAUAUUGCAUGAGGUGAGGCUCAACAUAUCACCAGGAUCUUCAUGCCACUGCUCUGAGCCUGGGUGGUUUAGGGUUUGCUUUGCCAACAUGAGCCUCCACACACUGGAAGUUGCACUUACAAGGAUAUAUGAUUUCACGCAGAAGAGCAAGACAAUAAAGUCAUUAAUUAAUUAAUUAAUUAAUUAGGCUAGUAAUUUAGAUAUGCUCUUAUUAAUUUGUAUCUCUUUAUUGUUGAUCACUCUUCUUUUUUUUUCUUUUUUUUUUCCUCUUUUUUGAUGGCAACAUCAUUUGUUUCAGCUUGCUUCUCCCCUCAGAAGAAUCAGAAUCCAUGUAUUUUUUCUUUCUUUCUUUCUUUCUUUUUUUUGAUUUUUUUGGGGAAGGUUAUGUUUUGAAGGGGGUGGUUAAGAAGAUCCCUCUCCUUCCUUUUUCCUUCUCCAUAUUUGAAAGGUUUAAUCCUUUUGCAUCUUUGUAAUGUUAUUGAGAACAAUUAACAAGCCAAUUAGCUGUA